AGAAAUUGUUCCACGUGUUGUCCAAGAUCAAAUAUUUCCUGAAUCAUAUUAUGAUCACAUCACUUCUCCCAUAUUGCUAGAAGAUCAACACCUGAAUGAAGCUUGUACAUCCAGGACACAGUCUUAUAUGUCACUUCUAUUUGAUGACAGUGUAAUUGAAGCUGGAAAUAUAAGCAACGCAGCAUCUUCACUGCCAUUGGCUUCAACCCAUAUUCCUUCGACACAGUUUUUAAAGAAAACAUCAAAUCUGAGUGUAUAUCGAAAGAGGCUUAUCUUGGUGCCUCCUGUUUUUCCGCCUCAAUUACUUGGAGAUCAACUUGUCAAUUUUACAUCCUCUACGAGAUUGCAGAUUGUAGAUCUGCUUUUUAUCAAUUUGCAAAACCACACUAGUAUCCUAACCUCACAGACAUUAAUGAAGAUGGUGUCUAAGUGUCUAAAGUGUCUUAAUAAGUUCAAGAACUUUAGAAGGAGCUUAUCGCCUUCAAAAAAAGUUUUUCAUUCAAUUUCAUGA